GCAAGCCCUAUAGUUAACGCGUCACUGAUUGGUUGAUUUUAACUGCUGUGUAGCGAGAUACACAUUUUGUUUUGUGUAUUGAAAAGUUGAGUGAGGAAAGUCUAACUACUCGUGUUUGACAACUGGAAUCACAAUGCCUAAAAAGUUACCCAAAGAGCCAAAGAUUUUGUUGUUGGCUGGGAGAGGUAGCCUGGGUAAAAGCUCAACCGGCAACUCAAUCGUUGGUAAACCUGUUUUUAAAGUUGACGCCGGGCUUGAUCAAACUUCUUACGAGAUCCUGGCGCACCAAACGGACGAUAUGAUUGUUAUUGACGGCUCCGGCAUUGGGGAAAUUAUCGACGAUCUGAAAAUUAGUCGGGAAUCGCUGGUGGAGAAUAUAGAGUCAUAUUUCAGCGAGUACAACGUAUGGUUUACGGCACUGAUUCUUGUAUAUAAGUACGGAACACGAUACACAGCGCAGGAACAGAAAGCUGUAGAGAUGUUGAAGUCACUGUUCGGUCAAGACGUUUUGAAAAAAUGGGGCGUGGUUUUGUUCACCAAUGGUGACCAGUUUGAGGAGCCGUCCACGUUUCAUGAAUGGUGUGGUCAGCAAGAGGGUCGGAUAGUUGACCUGAUGAAUGAAUGUGGGCACAGGUUCGUUUUGUUUGAUAACAAGACUCAAGAGGCUGAUCUGAAGAAAGAACAACUUGAUAAACUUAUGGAGGAAGUGGGGAAAAUAUCCAGCCCAGGAUACACGAUGAAAAACUACAAGAAAAAAACAACUUCGUGCAGAAGAAUAUGUAUUUAUUCUGUUGUUGCUGUAUGUUUAAUUGUCUUCAUUGUGGUUGUUGUGCUUGUAAUUUGGCUAUGAUUUAAUGUCGAUUAUACCAGUUGCACGAAAUAUUUGUAUUUCAUUUCAUGUCGUUUGUUUCAAAUAGUUGUCUAUUUAAUUAAAUUGUAAAGUUUUUAUUUAAUCUACUUGAAGUUGUUAUUUUUAUGCUUCGAUAAAGCAAAUAUUUAUUUAGUAGUAAUUAUUUUACCAAUGCUAGUUGAAAAUGUAAAUUAUAAUUGGUAAAGAUCUUUCAAAAUUUAUCGCUUUUUGCCAAAGACUUUCAACAUCUCUUAUCUAUUAUAUUUGUAAAUAUGUAUCUUCUUAGACAUAACCAUAUUUUCAGUUUAUUUUAUAAAAGUUCUUUAUUCGAUAUCAAUUUUUUUUUAAAAUUCUAUACAUUAUUAUAUGCCAUAUUUUUUAUUUCAUUAGAUUAUUCCAAUUUUGAAUGGGUGUCGUAUAGAAUCGCCAAAACUUUAUAUGACUGUGGUUACUAAAUUAUUACAAUGUGUUGUUUCACUGUUGGCUAUUUUUGCUGAAAACAUGUUUCUUUAAUCAUAAUAGCAAUGAAUAAUGCUACAACUGUAAUGUUUUCAAAGUUUUCAGAUAUCUUCAGUAAAUGAUGACAUUCAUUAUGAAUACCAAUCAGUAAUUAGGUGGUUAGUGGGACAGUAGCCAUUCAUUAAGGAUGAAAUAUGUGGGGUAGCGGC